CACCUCAGGAGUCGGCUCCGCACAGCUGCAUCCGGCCCGGCUUGAGGCUUGAUGUUUCCCUGGAGGUGGUUUCCUCACCUCUCCUCCUCCUUUUAGGUGUUCACAUGUAGGAAAAUGUUUUGACACUCGACAGCUCAUGCAGAAACUGACACGGCUGCCGUCAUGUCUGCCUGUCAUCCUCAGAAAACAGCUGAGUUUGUUUUAUCAUUAUUAUUAUUAUUUUAGCCAGGCGUGGACAGGGUAACUAGUACCGGUGUGUGCGUUUUAUUUGGCACUUUUUCAUCAAAUUCUCCUUUUUUAUUCGUGUUAUUUUAGCAGACGUAACCAAUACUUUAGACUAUGGUGCCUUUAAAACGCAGAAAAGUCGUCUCCUCGGGUGCUGGGGCUGACAGCAGUGUGAAAACCCGGUUUCCACACGUUGUUUUGUUUCUUCUGGAGAGAAAAAUGGGGGCCAGUCGAAGAGCUUUCCUCUCUCAGCUCGGACGGAGCAAAGGCUUUCAGCUGGAGGAGGUGUUCAGCAAAUCAGUCACACAUGUAAUUUCGGAAAACAACUGUGGAGGCGAGGUUAGGGCGUGGCUGGAGUCGCAAGAGGGAGGAAAAGGACAGAAGGGAGAUCAUGGCAGGCCACCUGUCCACCUUCUGGACAUCAGCUGGUACACAGAGAGCAUGCGUGAAGGUCGUCCUGUGGAGAUCCUGGACAGACACAGGCUGCAGGAGCAGCAGAGUAACAAAGUGGAGGUCGUAGUGUUUUCGGCACCCAGCUAUGCUUGUAAGAGAAGGACCACCCUCAAAAACCACAACACGCUGCUCACUGAGGCCUUGUCCAUCCUGGCAGAGAGUGCCGAGCUCAACGAGGAUGAGGGCCGAGGUGUUGCGUUCAGGCGAGCGGCCGCUGUGCUGAAGUGCCUUCCUAAAGCAGUGAGCAGCAUGGAGCAGCUCAGAGGGCUGCCCUGUCUUGGGGAUCAUUCAAUGAGGGUUAUCAAGGACAUUUUGGAAAAUGGAGCGUCAAGUGAAGCUGAAUCUACCAAGCAAUCUGAGCGGUUCAAAGCUCUAAAGGUUUUAACAGGUAUUUUUGGAGUCGGAGCGAAGACAGCAGAUCGAUGGUUCAGAGAGGGGAUACACAGCCUGUCACAGUUGCAGGAAUCAGGACAUACACUCAACCAGGCACAGCAAGCAGGUUUGCAGUUCUAUGACGACAUCAACCUGCCAGUCAGUAAGACAGAGGCUGAUGCCAUCUCUGAGAUUGUGGAGAAAGCUGUUCAUGCUGUGCUGCCAGGGGCGGAGAUCACUCUGACCGGAGGAUUCAGGAGAGGGAAGCUGACAGGCCAUGAUGUUGAUUUCCUGAUAACGCACCCAGAGGAGGGCAAAGAGGAAGGACUAAUGCCUAAAGUUGUCUCCUGGUUGGAGUCACAGGGUUUCCUGUUGUAUCAGAAAACUACAAGAAACUCCUACCUCGAGUCGAAGGACGGCCCCGGUCGGCCCGCCUCGAACAUGGACCGCUUUGAGAGGUGCCUCUCGAUAUUCAAACUGACCAAGGAUCGGUGUGUGGGGCAGAAACAGGGAACAAAACAAUCAGCGACGCCAAUAGAAAGUCAUGUUAAAACAGUAUGUAGUCUUGGAGAUCCCACGCAGGCUAAAGGUGAAGGGAACAGUGAGUCUCUUACAGGAUCAUGCCAGAAGACAGAACCAAAUCCACAGUCACAUCCUCAUCCUUUGAGCCAGAUUCACCCGAGCAACCUCACCCUAAAUGUGCUCGGCCAGGAGAAAAGCCUGGAUGUGGACCAGGCGCAAACCUCUGGACACAAACCAUGGAGAGCAGUGAGAGUCGACCUGGUGGUCUCCCCUGUCAGCCAGUUUGCCUUCGCUCUGCUGGGCUGGACAGGAUCCAAGUUGUUUGAGAGAGAGCUACGUCGUUGGGCGGGGCAUGAGAAGGCCAUGUCUCUAAGCAGCCAUGCUUUGUAUGACAACAAACAGAGCCGGUAUCUGAGGGCGAGUUCAGAGGAGGAGAUAUUCGCUCAUCUUGGUCUGGAGUACAUUCCACCCACAGAGAGAAAUGCUUGACCUCAUCCAGAGGGCCGAGAAAGUGCAAUCCACGACAGAGGAUGGUAAUUAGGACUGUGGAAGGUGGCUUUGGCUGAAUAGCAAACCAGAAAGCUAUGACGCUAGAGUGUGAUCAUUAAUUCUUUUAACAAAGAGUCCCAGUUUGGGAAUCUUUAAAAGGCUGGUUUUUCACUUAAUGGAUAGGUAAUAUAAUGUCAAAUGUCAAAAAAGUAUCGUCAUUAAAAGGUCAAAAGCUAAGAUUAUAAGUAAUGCAACAUCAUCUGCUACCUCUUCACAUGUGAAUGUAAUUACACCAGUGCCUGUUAAUUGUGUUUUUAUCAGAUGAACUGUACGGCCUUCUUGCACUGCUGAUGUCUUGCAAUAAAUGAUGUAUAAAUUAAAGCCUUUGCCUUUACA